AUGCAUGAAAAUAUAGGAUCAAAUCCCGGUUCUAGAAUUCCUGAAUUUAAUCGAUCCCAUUCAGUUACUACUGCUUCGCUGAAUUCCGAUACUUCAAAAGAGAAUAAUGAACAAGAUAGUAAUAUCGGGAUAAACAGUAAUGAACAGAUAAAAAAUGAAACCGACGAUAAUGAUAUCGAUGAUGAUUGUCAACAUUUGAAUGUUAAGCAGUUUUCUAUUGGAAUAUAUUCUGUAUUAAAGGAUACUGUUGAUAAAUUUCAUUUAGCAUUUUGUGACUUACAAUCAUCUCAAAAACAACUACAAGAUCAACUGAUUGCCUUAGAUCAAGCACUAGGUCGAUUAGCUAAAGCUCAAGAUAGUCCUCUAAAUCUAGAACCAUUUGUAUUGGUACUACAAGAAUAUAAACAACGGAUAUCAAAAGUACAUAAUUCUUUACGUAUUUCACAGGAUAGAGUUAAUCGUAUUCGUCAAAAUAUUCAGGCGAAGAAAAUCACUUAA